CUAAAAGCCCAGGAGAAGAAGAAGGUUAACUGACCUGACCUCCCUGGCUUAAAAACACUUUAAAAAAAAUAAACAUGCAUUAGUUUCUUUUUUUUUUUAACCUGGAUAGAGUGAAAGAGAAGUAUAUCUGAUGAUAACCAGGAGUGUGUAACCGCAGCGGGGAAGCGUCCAUGCAGAGAAGCGGGGUGAGCUCCAGCUAGCAGCCUAGAUUAUUUAGAAAGAGAUCCAUGGCAAAGUGGCUGAAGGACUACCUGAGCUUUGGUAGCAGACGUGAUCCUCCACAGCCCCCGAGGCCAGAUUACACAGAGAGUGAGAUUUUGAGAGCCUACAGAGCUCAAAAGGAGCUGGAUUUUGAGGAUCCGUAUCAACACCCAGAUAAGGAGCAUCAGAAUGGGAGUUUCAGUGCCUGUACUGCAACAGUGAGCAUCCCCACUUUCCCUUCUUUUGGUUCAGUGGUGCCAAACGCUGUGGAGGUAAAAGUCGUGUCUCCAAAGCACAGACUAAUUAAAGUGGACUCUCAGGAGUUUGGGCGCUGUAAAAUUCCCCUGAGUCCUGUGACUGUUCAAGAAGAACCUGUUGUUCCCUCUGCCCCAGAAGCAUCAGAUACUGACACAGACUACUCUGAUCCAUUUGACGCACGCCCAAACCCAAGAGUCAGACCAAACUGGGAACCCAAAUCGGCACCAACAGAAUGCUGCAGCUACAUGGAGCCAUUUGAGGCCCAGCAGAUUAUUUCAGAACUGCAGAGCAGCGUGAUGACUAACAGGUCUGGAAGUGGAGAUGGCAGCCAGCUAUACGAUAACCCUUACGAGGAGAGAAGCCGCCACCACCAUCGAGUCGCUCCACCGGCACAACAGCAAACCCAGCGGAGUGAGGCCGACCUCGCCUUGAUGGACGGCAGGGAGAGCAAGCUGCCACAGGAUGACGAGAGGCCGGCGGAUGAGUACGACCAGCCCUGGGAGUGGAAGAAAGAUAACAUCUCGAAAGCUCUAGCAGUUCAGUUUGAAGGGGCAGAAAGGGAGCGCUCGCGAACUCAGACAGAACAGGUCAGGUUUACCAAGGCCGGCACCGCAUCCACCAGCUCAGACUUACCCACGCUCCGUCUCGGUGGCGACACGGCUCCUUUUCUGGGAGAGAGAGUGGAUCCAUUUCUGCCUCUGGAGAAGCAAAUUUGGUACCACGGAGCCCUGAGUCGCUCAGAAGCCGAGUCUCUUCUGACCCUGUGCAAGGAGAGUUCCUACCUGGUGAGGAACAGCCAGACCUGCCGGAACGACUACUCGCUCUCCAUCAGAUCAGAACAACGUUUGUCACGUUGGACUCAUCGAUCCAUCUCUCUCUUCAGGAGCUGCAAAGGCUUCAUGCACAUGAAGUUCACCCAGUCUGCGGACGGAUGUUACGUCCUUGGGGAAAACAGUCCCCCCUUCUGCACCAUCUCCGAGGUCAUCCACUACUACACCACACACAAGCUGCCCAUCAGAGGAGCGGAGCACAUGUCUCUGUUGUAUCCUGUCAUAGUGCAGACCCUCUGACACCGACGCAUACACACUGUUUCUCCUGGUGCUACUGAAAACAACAUAUACUCAACAUUUACUCAUUCUUCCUACCACUAUUGCAUAUUUUUUCACAGUCACUCUACCUGCUACGCUUUUAAGAGAUUGGGCUCUUUGGUGCCAAGCCCCCCCCACCCACCCCAGUUUUUCCACUGGCAGCUCAAUCAGAGUACUUCAGUUUAAAAAACAAAAAUAAAUCAGGAACCACUUAAGAUGGCAUUGAUUUCUGAGUUUGUUCAAAAAAAAAAAAAAAAAAAGUGGUCUUGACAUAGAAUGAUUUAUAUCCUGUUAAUUGCAGAUUUGCCUCUGUGGCUGUCAGAAGAGGAACUUUAGCUUGUGCCAAUAAUCUAGAUAAAUAUUUUCCCACCGGCAUUAUUUUCAUGCCAAACAAAAGACCAAAAAAAAGAAAGAAAGAAAGACAACGUUUAGGUGUGAAGGUCAGCUAGAUUUAGGUGGUUGAAAGAUGCAGUUGAAAGCGUCCUGCAGCUACAGACACUUUUAUUGCCCUUUUAGGUGUCAGUUACACUACGAACCAAACGCUCGACUCUUAACCGGGGGCAUCUCGUGGCUCCUGGGUUUCUCUCCGGGCGUUUCAGAGACCUGUGAAUGUUCUUUGAUGCUCCAAGUGUUUGCUAUGCAGUGUUCUGGGUUCAUCAUGUUGAUGUGUGAAUGAUACAGAUUGAUAGAUAUGACUUAAUACUCCUGCAUUACUAGUUUAGAGGAUGAUAACCACAGUACUAUGCUGAAAAUUUACAUCUUUGUGAUCCUGAUUAUUAAAGACCCUUUGUCAGUGUAUUUACUGUGCUGUUUUAUAAGAUUUUAAAUAUCAACUCAAAAUAAAGGUGUUGUUUGUUUUCAAA